AUGCGGCUUCCCGGAUCUGUUGGUUUAGUGCUUGGUAUGCUGUUUUUAUGGUGUAUUAGUGCAGUAUUGACACCUCCAGAGGAAAAGGGACGAGUGUUUGCAUUAUCCGUUGCAAAUGUCAUUCUUCGUCAUAUUCGUCCAUGGGUUUAUAUAACUGCUGGAUUCUACCAUCCCUACAUUCUACAGCUCGUGUUUAUUCUUCCACUGUCUUUUAGCUUGGCAAAACGAGUGGAACCUGAACUUGGUGCUCUUAAUCUCGUGCGAUUGCUGCUGUUUGCCAACACUGCAGCAGCAUUGGUGCUUUUCAUCAACCUUGUUGUGCUCUACAUUAUCUUCCGCAACCCCAUGUACCUGGAGGAAAGUUUUUCUGGCUUUACGGGUGGAGUUACAGCUUUACUAGUGGCCUACAUGAAGUCGGCGCCAUUUGCAACGGCGCCCAUGUUCCCUGGAGUUCCGCUUCGAUUCUAUCCGCUUGUAGCGUGUUUCACUUUCUCGCUUUGUACGAUUGGUGGAAUGGCUUUUAGCGUUUUUCCAGCUGUUACUUUGAGUGCUGGGCCAUUUUCCGUGCUUGGAGGUUACUUUGGUUGGUGUUACCUUCGAUUUUACAAUAAGAACCGUGACCAUACCUUCGGGGAUGUGUCGGAUGAAUUUGCGCUGGUGGUUUUACUUCCGGACUUUUGCACACCAUUUCUUGGCCCGCUUGCAAAUUUUUGCUUUAGCGUGGUCAAGCUCUGUGGUUUUUUCAAAAAACGCGCAGCACAGAAACCCAAAAUGCUUCCGAUUCUUACAGAGAUCAAGAAUGACCCGAUCGCUGAGCGUCGAAAAGCGAGAGCAAUGAGAGCGCUGGACGAGAAGCUGGCAAAGCUUGCCCACGCACGGGAUGACACUGGAUUGUCGUCGCUGUUGUCCGUGGAAGUCGAAGAGUAG